AUGGCGGGGAGCACUGAAGGCAUAGUAUAUUCGGCAACGUAUAGUGGAGUUCCUGUCUAUGAGUUCAAAAUGGAGGGCGAGUGCCUGAUGCGGAGGAGGGCCGACGAUUGGAUAAAUGCAACACAUAUUCUCAAAGUCGCGGGGUUUGAUAAACCCUCAAGGACUCGAAUUUUAGAACGUGAGGUACAAAAAGGUGUACAUGAAAAGGUGCAGGGAGGCUAUGGAAAAUAUCAAGGAACAUGGAUCCCAUUGCCAGAAGCCCGUUUACUUGCAGAGCGAAAUAAUAUUCUGGACAAGAUACGCCCAAUAUUGGAUUAUGUUGCGGGGGAUCGAAGUCCACCACCAGCGCCGAAACACACCACUGCUUCCAGGCCACGAGCGCCGCGAGGAUCGGCCGCAAACAAGCGAGCCACGCAAGAAGAAUCUUUCAAUAUGCGAGCACCCCGAAUGAGUGUUCCAAGCUUCCCUCCUCCAGAGCAAUAUGAAAUGCCACCGCCAUCAACCUUUGAAGAGGAAGAAUCCAUUGAACAGACUACGCUAGAAUCAUCAUCGAUGAUGGCGGAAGAUGAUAUGGUCCCAAUGUUUCAACAUUCAACUCAUUCUAGGAAACGAAAACGUGGUAGGGGUGAGAUGAAUGUUAUGUCAACCACUGAGCAGGAGCAUAUACUAUAUGGAGACCAACUUUUGGACUAUUUCAUGACAGUAGGCGAUGCUCCAGAGGCUGCAAAAGUACAGCCCCCGGUACCGCCGGCGAACUUUCAAGUAGAUCGUCCUAUUGACGAUCAAGGUAAUACUGCGUUGCACUGGGCUGCUGCCAUGGGAGACCUAGAAAUCGUUCAGGAUCUCUUACGUCGUGGUGCCAAUGUACAAGCAGUGUCGGUUCAUGAGGAAACUCCUCUUGUGCGCGCAGUCUUGUUCACCAACAACUACGAAAAAAAGACGAUGCCUUCGCUUGUGAACCUGCUUCAAGAUAAUCUCACAUUCCGGGACUGGUUUGGGGCUACAAUCUUUCACCAUUUGGCAGAAACCACUCGCAGCAAAGGCAAAUGGAAGAGCGCUCGCUACUACUGCGAGGUUCUCCUCCAGAAGAUACGUGAUACAUUCCCUCCACAGGAGCUGGACAUGCUCCUCUCAUGCCAGGAUUCGAAUGGCGAUACACCAGCACUAGUUGCUGCUCGGAACGGUAAUUUUCGCUUGACAUCUCUUUUCCUGCUUCACUGCCGCCGUUCCGGAGAUCUGGUCAAUGAGAAAGGCGAUACUGCUGUUGCCAUCAUGGACCAAGCAAAUGCUCAGCGUGUCGUACCUCAUGCUCCGUCUAGUGUCACUUAUGUCAACGAACGAGCUGACAAUGACACCCUUGAUGUGAUGGAUACUGAUAAAUCUUUGAACCUGCCGCCGACCUCGUCCCCUGUGACUUCAGCCAUGGCUAGCAAAAUAGCUCUCUUGAUGAAUGAGGCACAGCGGAAGCUCAGUCUGGCUUACGGGAAUGCUAAAGUCGGCCAACAGAGUGCCGGAGACGCGACGAGUCCCCAGGACUUAUUCGAGCAGUUGGAAAAGGAUCGAGAAGCCCUACAAAAGGAGAAGGCCUCAUUCCUGUCUCAGGAAAACACAAAUGAGUCGUUUGAUCUACAAAUGAAUCGCUACAAAGAAAUUGAAAGUCGUUGUGCAUCGCUCAUCGAACAGAUUCAUCGCAAACAACUUUCGGAUCGCUUUGCCGUUGGAGCUCCCAAGGAGCAAGCCCCGGCUUCGAGCGAACCUUUAGAUGCAGAGGAACUUCUACAACGCUUUGAGUUGAUGCGUAGAUUAGUCUCAGCACAGGAGGAGCGACGAGAAGGAGUUCGAGAUCUCUUGCAGCAAAAGGCCGAUGCUGGCGUUAGCACAAAGCUAGACAUGCACCGAAAAUUAGUAGCGUUGGCCACUGGUCUAAAAGAGGAUGAGCUUGAUCCAAUGUCAGCUGAGCUGGCAGAUACCCUCGAAUUUGAGCGGAUGAAUGGCAAAGAGCAGGAGGAUGGCCCAUCUGGCCAGGUUCCACUGCCUCCGCAUGCGAUGCUUUCUGGUCCUACUGUUCCCAUCGAUGCUUGA